CAGGUACUAUUCUAGGCAGUCAACCAACAUUAACGAAUUGAAUUCUUCUAUCUACUCAGACUUCCCACUAGCAUUGUAAAACACAGGCGCGUCACACUUUUCGGAUAUUGACUCCAACUCCACCCUUCCAGCAACAGCUCUGCAAGGCUGUGCAGGCAGAGGAGCUGGGGACAGGGCGUCUGCAGUAUCCAGUGAUGCCGGAGGAGCUGGAGGCAACCCUGGACAGAAGAAUGGGGUCACUGAGUGGAUCCCCAAUGCAAAGUGGAGGUGGAGUCCGGGAAAUAACAGGGCUCCUAGGGAGGCGGGGCCGCUCCAAAGAACCGUGAGGCCUGAGAGAUUAUGGAAAUGAAGCACCUACAGGGCGGGGCCUUGGGGGCUAGGGCGUUCUAGCCAAAACCACGAAUUGGUGUGGCCAUUGGUGACCAAAUCUUGGACCUCAGUGUCAUUAAACACCUCUUCACUGGGCCUGUCCUCUCCAAACACCAGCAUGUCUUCGAUGAGACAACUCUCAACAGCUUUAUGGGCCUGGGCCAAGCUGCCUGGAAGGAGGCAAGAACAACCUUGCAGAACUUGCUGUCUGCCAGCCAAGCCAGGCUGAGAGAUGACAAGGAGCUUCGGCAACGUGCAUUCACCUCCCAGGCUUCUGCCAAGAUGCACCUUCCUGCUACCAUAGGAGACUACACGGACUUCUACUCCUCCCGGCAGCAUGCCACUAAUGUUGGCAUCAUGUUCAGGGGCAAGGAGAAUGCGCUGAUGCCCAACUGGCUCCACUUACCUGUGGGAUACCAUGGCCGGGCUUCCUCCAUCGUGGUAUCUGGCACCCCAAUCCGAAGACCCAUGGGACAGAUGAGACCUGAUAACUCAAAGCCUCCUGUGUAUGGUGCCUGCAGACUCCUGGACAUGGAGUUGGAAAUGGCUUUCUUUGUAGGCCCUGGGAACACAUUCGGAGAGCCAAUCCCUGUUUCCAAAGCCCACGAGCACAUUUUCGGGAUGGUCCUCAUGAACGACUGGAGUGCCCGAGACAUCCAGCAAUGGGAGUACGUCCCCCUUGGGCCAUUCCUGGGGAAGAGCUUUGGAACCACCAUCUCCCCAUGGGUGGUGCCCAUGGAUGCCCUCAUGCCCUUUGUUGUGUCCAACCCGGAGCAGGACCCCAAGCCCUUGCCGUAUCUCUGCCACAAGCAGCCCUACACAUUUGAUAUCAACCUGUCUGUUGCUUUGAAAGGAGAAGGAAUGAGCCAGGCGGCUACCAUCUGCAGGUCCAACUUUAAGCAUAUGUACUGGACCAUGCUGCAGCAGCUCGCACACCACUCUGUUAAUGGCUGCAAUCUGAGACCUGGGGACCUCUUGGCUUCUGGAACCAUCAGUGGAUCGGAACCUGGAAGCUUCGGCUCUAUGCUGGAACUGUCCUGGAGGGGAACAAAGGCCAUUGAUCUAGGCCAGGGGCAGACCAGGACCUUCCUGCUGGAUGGUGAUGAAGUCAUCAUAACAGGUCACUGCCAGGGGGACGGCUACCGUGUUGGUUUCGGCCAGUGUGCUGGGAAGGUGCUGCCUGCCCUCUCGCCAGCCUGAGGAGGCUCCAGAAGCCACAGGCCACAGCCUGGCCUGCUGGGGACAAUGCUGCAGCUGCCCUCCAUGCAGGAAUGAAUAAAGCCAUUUUGCUUGUA